CAGGUCAGGAGGGACAGCGGGCUCAGCUGGUGCCGAUGGCUCUGCCUCACAAUGUCCGAAGGGGCUUGACAACUUUCAGUGGAUCGCUGUUCAUCAACAAUAAAACUAGGGAUUGCGGCGCUGUCCAGAUCUACCAUCCAGGGCAUGAGGUGCUGUCCAGCCUGCCUCUCCAGAUGAUGCUAUUCUUCAAUGUCUUCUAUUUCCCAUUCUGGUGCCUGUGCGAGGGGAUAAUGCUGGCAUUAAAGUACGGCCUGCUGCCCUGUUACUACCAGUUCCUCCUUGUUGCUGCCUUCCUGAUUCUCGCAUUAGCUGAAGGGUUACGCUUGUAUCUUGGAUACACUGGAAAUCUGCAAGGAAAGGUACCUGAACUGGCUGGAUUCCUGCUCCUAUCCUUCCUGAUACAGCUCCCCCUCCUGCUUUUCCUCCUCAUGGAUGAGCACAUCAUUCGGCUGCCCUUGGAGACAGCUGUGCAUAUCAUUUACCUGGUGUUUCUUGCUUCUGAGAUCACAGCUGGCUUCUUUGCACUUAAAGUGAUGACAAGGCAGCUUGCCACACAGUUCUACCUGAAACAAUUUGAGGAUGCAGGCAGACCGCGGCAAUCAGGGCAUAGCGUGAGCCAGGGCAGGGCAGCCCAUCCAGGCAGAAGCGGCCACCAGGACAGAGAAGGGAAUUGAUACUAUGUGAACAUGGUCCCUAUGCAGGAAGCCGCAACGCCAGAACAUCCUCCUGCAUUAAAGUGCCCAUUGACUGGAAAUAUUUUUUUCUGGGAAUGCUUUAAAAUAAAUGUCAGA